GAGGCGGGGAAAGAGGUGAGGAAGGAGGCGGAGGCAGCAGCAGGGGGAAGCCGCUGGUCCCGCCCCGCCGGCCGGGACCCUCCCUUUCCGCCGAGAAGGCGACGCAGCGCUGCCCAAGAUGGUGGCGGCGGGGCUGUGCCUGUGUGGGCUCCUCAGAUUGCUGUGCUCAUUGUUACUCCCUGCAUUAUUUCUAAGUGGAAUUUUGUGCAUCUGCUUGGUGGUACUGCUGUGGGGAGUACGACUGUGGUUACAAAGGAAGAAACAGUUGAGCUCAGCAGGAGGAGAUGGGAAGCGGCCACUGCUGGUAGCCUUUUUUCACCCGUAUUGCAACGCAGGAGGUGGAGGGGAGAGAGUCUUGUGGUGUGCCAUAAGAACGCUACAGAAGAAGUACAGGAAUGUAACAUGUGUUGUUUACACUGGUGAUAGAGAUGCCACUGGAGAAGAAAUAAUUGAAGGCGCUUUCAGAAGAUUCAAUAUUAAGUUAAUCCAUCCUGUGAAGUUUGUGUUUCUAAAAAAACGCUUCCUUGUGGAAGCUUCUCUUUAUCCUCACUUCACUCUGCUGGGACAAAGUUUAGGAUCGGUGUUCCUUGGCUGGGAAGCUCUUCUAAAGUGCGUUCCUGAUGUUUAUAUUGACUCAAUGGGUUAUGCCUUCACAAUUCCCCUCUUCAAAUACCUAGGAGGUUGUCGUGUUGGAUGCUACGUCCAUUACCCCACUAUCAGCACCGAUAUGCUCUCUGUCGUGAGGAAUCAGGAUACCAGGUUUAACAAUGCUGCCUUCAUUACAAGCAGCCCUCUCUUCAGCAAACUGAAACUUGUCUACUACUACUUCUUUGCUUUCAUGUACGGCUUGGUUGGUUCCUGCAGUGAUGUGGUAAUGGUGAACUCUUCUUGGACACUGAAUCACAUCCUUUCCCUCUGGAGAGCUGGGGCGUGCACCAGUGUUGUGUACCCACCAUGCGAUGUUCAGACUUUCCUGGAUAUUCCACUGGAAGUGGAAAAGAGCACCAGCGAAUAUUCCAUUGUUUCUGUCAGCCAGUUCAGGCCUGAAAAAGAUCAUCCUUUGCAAAUCAGAGCCUUUGCUAAAUUGCUGAAAGAGAAGAGAGUGGGGCAGCAGCCAUCACUGAAGCUGAUUUUAAUUGGCGGCUGUCGUAACCAGCAAGAUGAAGAGCGUGUAAAUAAGCUGAAAUGUCUGUGUGAAGAGCUGGGAGUUAGUGAUGAUGUGGUGUUCAGGAUUAACAUUCCCUUUGAGGAGCUGAAGAGACACCUGGCCGAGGCCACCAUUGGCCUGCACACCAUGUGGAAUGAGCACUUUGGGAUCGGCGUAGUUGAAUGUAUGGCAGCUGGCACAGUUAUCCUGGCUCACAAUUCUGGUGGCCCCAAACUGGACAUCGUGGUACCCCAUGAAGGACAUGUUACAGGCUUCCUAGCAGAAGAUGAGGACAGUUAUGCAGAGACAAUGGCUUUUAUCUUUUCAUUGUCUCCUGAGAAAAGACUGCAGAUCAGAGAAAAUGCUCGUCGCUCUGUGCACAGGUUUUCUGACCAGCAUUUUGAAGACACAUUCCUGUUAUCUGUGGAGCCAUUAUUUAAAUAAGUGUAUAUAAGUAAAAAUGAACAUGAGUAAAAUUAACUUUUUAUAUUUGACUGUGUGGCAUGUGUAAAUAUAUCUAAGCUAUGAUCCCUUGGUUCCAUUCAAUAAAAACGUUUUUUCUU